CCGUAUCAUUCCCCUCUUUCCCUCCCUCCCUUUGAAUUCAAACCCUCUCUCUCUCUACGAUGGCCGGAAGAGGAAAGUCUCUGGGCUCCGCUGCACCGAAGAAAGCCACCUCCCGCAGCAGCAAGGCCGGCCUCCAGUUCCCCGUAGGCCGCAUCGCUCGCUUCCUCAAAACCGGCAAGUACGCCGAGCGCGUCGGCGGCGGAGCCCCAGUCUACCUUGCCGCCGUCCUCGAAUACCUCGCUGCUGAGGUUUUGGAGUUGGCCGGGAACGCGGCAAGGGACAACAAGAAGACGCGAGUGGUGCCGCGUCACAUCCAGCUGGCGGUGAGGAACGACGAGGAGCUGAGCAAGUUGCUUGGGUCCGUCACGAUUGCCAAUGGAGGGGUGAUGCCUAACAUUCACGCUCACUUGCUGCCGAAGAAGGCAGGCGGUACUGCUUCUUCCAAGGUGGAUGAUGACAAUUAGAUUUCAAUACGUCCGUGGGUUCUUGUUUCAAUUCCUUUGGUCUAUUGGAAAGUGGAUAUGAAUCGAAAAGGUUUAGGGUUAGGUUUAUUACUACAGUAGUAGGUAGGGUUUUAAAUUGUGAAUGCUUAGAGCUUAGUUUUUGGGAAAAGGUUAAUGGAGUAGUGAUGUGUAUGUAAUUCCAAGUAUCUAAUGAAAAAUUCCUUUCUAUCUGGUUA